UGCACUACAUAGCGAGACCCUGUCUCAAAAAAAUUUUUUAAAUGAGAAUGACGCAUAGUUAGUGAUAUGGAAAUGAGAAUGCUUGAAGAUUCGGAAGCUGGGAAGGCACCGAGAUAAGGACGGAAGAUGUUAUCACGUGUGGCCAAUGAGAGGCGGAGUAGAUCCUUCCCCUUGCCUCCCAAGCUCACAAGCCCGUGGCUUGAGCCCGCGCCAAGGAGGCGGGGCCAAUCUAGACCACCAAUGGAAGCCGGGGUAAGCGGCUCGCGUCCCCCGGAGGCGGAACUUGCUCAACCUGACCAAUGAGAGCAGCAAGUGCUCGGGCAGUCCUUAGGCGAGCAGACUGGUGCAUGGCGGAUACGGUGCUGUUCGAGUUGCUGCACACCGAGAUGGUGGCGGAGCUGUGGGCUCCGGACCCCGACCCAGGCCCGGGGGGACAGAAGACGAGCCUGUCCGUACUGGAGAGCAUGGGCUUCCGUGUGGGCCAGGCCCUGGGUGAGAGGCUGCCCCAGGAGACCCUGGGCUUUAGGGAGGAGCUGGAGGUCCUCAAGUUCCUGUGCAAGGACCUGUGGGUGGCCGUGUUCCACAAGCAGAUGGAUAGCCUCCGUACCAAUCACCAGGGGACCUACGUCCUGCAGGACAACAGCUUCCCCCUCCUCGUCCCCAUGGCCUCGGGCCGGCAGUAUGUGGAGGAAGCACCCAAGCCUCUGGGGCCAUCACACACCUGGACUCGUGCCUGGGUCACCUCCUACAGGAGCUGGCCCCCGAGGUUGCGGCCCGCCAUGCAGAAGCACUACAGCACGCACCACACCAAGAGAGCCCGGACCCCCUCCGAUGCCUGCUGCCCAGAUCCAGAGUUAGGGCACAAAAAAGGAUGCUGUCACCAGCGGCGCCAGGACCCAGCGGCCCCUCGAGCCCAUGGGCUGGGUCGGCCUUCCCCCCAGUCACACUGGCAGCAGGCCUACUACAGCCACCGGGGCUGUGGCUGGCACCGGGGCCCCAAGGUCCCCGUCCUACAGCAGCAGAAGCAGCGGCAGCCCCAGCCUCCGCCUCCCAGCCCCGUGCGGCAGCGGCUCAGCCUGGUUCACAGGGCCCAGAGGGGGCCGCCCCCAACUGCCGCUGCCCCCACAGGACCAGCCAGCGCCCCCCAGCCACCCCCCAUGCCCUCCACCUCACCCGCCACAGCACCUGCCACGACCAGCAGCGGCCCCGCCCUGCGCUCCGCAGCCCGCACCCUCCUGGAGCCCAGCGAGCCCACCAGUGCCCGGCCCCUGCCGGCCCCGGCAGCCUGCGGCUCCUUCACCUACGGCUCCGACAUCCUGACAGAGGAUGACGUCUACUGCAGCUGUCUGGCCAAGACUCUCUGCCACGUGCCCGUCCCUGUGACCGUGGGUUUCUAUGCCCCCUUCGGCUGCCGACUGCACAUGAUGCUGGACAAGAUCACCAUGCUCAUGCAGCAGGAGGCGACGCAGCGCGAGCUGGAGGAGCUGCAGCGCGUGCAGUGGCGGCCGCGGCAGGUGCGUGGCUGGGGCUACCCGCAGCUGCUGUGGUACCUGGUGUUCCUGCAGCCCAUCAUCACCGAGGUGCACCUGCGGCGCAAGAACGUGCAGUUCCUCUUCAUCCGCUUCAGCGCCUGGCAGUAUGCGGGCACGGACAAGCUGUGGGCCGGGCUGGUGACCACGCUAUGCGAGGGCAUCCGGCACCACUAUGGCGCACUGCCCUUCAGCGUGUACUCCGUUUUGGGCAACAAGCCGGCCACGUCGCCGGGCUUCUGCCAGCGUGAGUGGCAUUGCCGGCUCCGCGUAUGCCUGGCGCUGCUGGCGCUGCUGGCGGCGCUGGCCCUGGGCGUGGGUCUGCUCUACCUGUCCCUCGGCGGCCUCAACCACACGGCCCCCGGCGGCAGCUUGCUCAAGAUAUUCGGCGGCGCGGCCACCACCCUGUCCGGCUCGGGGCUGCUCAUGGCCGUGUACUCGGUGGGCAAGCACCUGUUCGUGAGCCAGCGCAAGAAGAUCGAGCGGCUGGUGACGCGUGAGAAGUUCGGCAGCCAGCUGGGCUUCAUGUGCGAGGUGAAGAAGGAGGUGGAGCUGCUCACAGACUUCCUGUGCUUCCUGGAGAUCUACCAGCGGCGCCGGCUGCGCGUGGUGCUCGAGGUCACCGGGCUGGACACGUGCUACCCGGAGCGCGUGGUGGGCGUGCUCAACGCCAUCAACACGCUACUGUCCGACAGCCACGCGCCCUUCAUCUUCAUCCUGGUCGUGGACCCCAGCAUCCUGGCUGCCUGCCUCGAGAGCGCCGGCAACAUGAAGGGAACGGCGGACAACGGCUACCUCUUCCUCAACCGCACCGUCACGCUGCCCUUCUCCGUGCCCAUCAUGGGCCGUCGCACCAAGCUGCAGUUCCUGCACGACGCCGUGCAGAGCCGCGACGACCUGCUGUUCCGCGAGAUCACGCGCAAGCUGCGGCAGGCCGAGUGCCAGGCCGGCGAGGGUGUGCAGCUGCUGGCGGUGGAGACGCAGGCGGAGGCGGAGCGCGCGCAGGGCCGCAUCGACGCCGAGGCGUCGCGUCGCAUCCAGGAGGCGCUCUUCUGCCUACACGACGAGCACGACUGCCUGUACGAGUUUGUGCCCGAUAACGUGGUGUCCAUGCGGCGCAUUGUCAACACCGUGCCCAUCACCAUGCGCCUGCUGCAGCAACAGCAGCAGACCGACUUCGUGCGCCCCACGCCGCGCCAGGCUGUGGCGUGGGUCGUGCUCGCCAACCAGUGGCCCUGCCGCCUCAGCUGGGUGCUGCAGUGCCUGGAGGACAGGCAGCAGGUGGGGGGCGAGCCCGAGGCCCACGUGCGCCUCUGGGACGUUUUCUGCGACAACAGCCGCGAGCUACACGGCAUGACCAAGGCACUGCAGAACGUGCUGGACCUGGACGGCGACCCCGAGCUCUUUGAACGCUUCCUGGGGUCCGACUUCCCCUUCACUGUGGCCGAGGCACAGUGCCUGCUGCGCUGCACGGUCAACCUGGACCACUCCAUCCGCCGGCGCAUGGGGCUCAUCCGGGCGGUCAGUGCUCUCAAGCCGCCCAGCCCACCCAAGUCCCCGGCCCGAGACGCGCUUUCUGCUGCCCAUGGAGCCACUAACACCGCAGGGGCGUCCCCGAGAGGCCAUGUGGCACUGCGCACCAGUGAAACCCACCAUCCCCUGGACUGGGCCCACGGGGGCAAGCCGAGGCCGGCAGCCUGAGCGCCUCUCUCUCAGGGCGCAGCCGGAUGGGCCCUGAAUGGAUGAGCCCAGGGCAGCAAGCCGUCCACUGUCCCAGUGAGGGUGCGGGGGCCACAUCCCCCAGGUCACUCUGGCUGUCAGUGCCAGUGCCUCCCGGCGGGGAGGGAAGAUGCAGUGAGGAAAUCGGGGCUCAAGUGCAAUAAAUGAUGUGCAAAGCC